GAUUUAUUAAGAUUUGUUAAGAAAAAAGGUUAAUAAUGGUUGGAGGAGUUACUUUAAGAGACGUAGAAGCAGAUAAAUUUAUACAGUAUUAUGCAAAAUUCUUGAAACAAUCAGGAAAAUUAGAGCUUCCAUCGUGGGUAGAUACGGUUAAAACAGGACAUUUUAAAGAGCUAGGACCAUAUGAUCCAGAUUGGUUUUAUAUUCGAACAGCAGCUAUUGCAAGACAUAUAUAUUUAAAAAACCGAAGUGGAGUAGGAGCAUUAUGUAAAUUAUAUGGUGGAUCAAAAAAUAGAGGAUCUAGACCAUCACAUCACUAUGAUGGAUCAGGAUCUAUACAGAGAAGAGCAUUGCAAUGUCUUGAAAAGAUAGGAGUUCUUGAAAAAGAUGCAAGAGGAGGUCGAAGAAUUACUCAACAAGGUCAACGUGAUCUUGAUCAUAUUGCCUUGUCAGUUUUUGAGGCAAGACAGGAGAAUAAAUAUGUUAACUAAGGAGAAAAAUCUAUAUAUAAAGAGGAAAUAAAAUAUUUAUUGCAUU